CACAAGGCAAAAUUGGGGCAUGGAGAAACCUAGAUGGUAUCAGCCACAAAAAUUUUAACUUGCAGAUACUUUCUUCUUGUGUCUGAUGAUCCAUUACCGCAUCUUCUUUUACCUACCAGAGUACUGAGUACUGCAGAAGUAGAAUCAGUAGUCAACUUAAUAGCGAUAAACCCUUGAAUUGCAACACUUCAGAUUUUACAAAAUUCGGAUUCGAAUUCGAAGAGCAGAAUGAAUGAAGAGGAACUCGAGUGGGAGGUCAGGCCUGGCGGGAUGCUGGUACAAAGGAGGGACGAUGAUUCCCACCAUCAACAUCAAAACGGUGGCGAUGGUGCCGUUGUGCCUCCGAUCAAAAUUAACGUCUCUCAUGGCCCUGCCCAGUAUGAGCUUUCUGUCCCCGAUCAUUCUACUUUUGGUCACGUAAAAAAGGUUCUUGAAAAGAUAACUGGACUUCAACCCAGAAAGCAAAAGUUAUUUUUUCGAGGGCAGGAAAAAGAUGACUCAGAGCAUUUGCACGAGGCGGGUGUCAAAGACAAGGCAAAGAUUUUACUUAUGGAGGAGCCAGCCAGUAAAGAGAAGAAGGUUGAGGAGGUGAAACAGAAUGUUGACAUUUCUGAGGCUAGCAAAGAAAAGAAGGCUGAAGGGGUGAAACAAAAUGCUGAUAUGUCUAAAGCAAGCGAAGAAAAGAAGGCUGAAGAGAUGAAACAAGAUGUUGAUAUUUCUCAAGCUAGACGAGAACAAAAUGCUGAUAUGUCUAAAGCCUUUGAAGCAGUUGCUGGAGUUAGAGAAGAGGUUGACAAGAUCUCGGAAAGGGUGGCUGCCUUGGAAGUAGUUGUGAAUGGUGGUACCAAGGUUGCAGAUGAAGAAUUUAUUGUAUCAUCAGAAUUGCUUAUGCGGCAGUUGCUGAAAUUGGAUACUAUUGAGGCUGAAGGAGAAGCAAAAAUGCAGCGAAAAGCUGAGGUACGCCGUGUCCAGAAGUUUCAGGACACACUGGAUGAUCUAAAGGUCAGAAAUUCCUACCCCGUUGGCAAUACUACAUCAGUAACAACUCAAUGGGAGACCUUUGACUCUGGAGUGGGAAGCUUGAAUCCCCCACCACCCAUGCCAUCAUCAACAACAAUUUCUCAGGAUUGGGAACAAUUUGAUUAGUUCAUACAUGUGAAAAAUUACUGUUUGGUUACAGAACUCCUUCUAAGCUAUAUUGUUAUAAGGCAAGAAUGUACUUAUUUUCUUUCUACAACUGAAAUUUAAUAAGGUAUUGCAUAAUUUAUCAGACAUUGAUGCCUUAUUUUGUGAAA